UUCAGCCACCCGGCAUUCUGGAAGUAGUUACGUGUGUAACUCGUGAAGUUGGUAAUCGUUGGUGGAGUAUUUUUGCAUUUAAAUAGAACUUUUUAUCAAUUAUAAUGUCGUGGCAAGCCUAUGUCGACAAUCAGAUUUGUGCUGAAGUCUCCUGUAAAAUUGCUGCCAUAGCAGGAUUACAAGAUGGUGCUGUAUGGGCAAAAUACGAAGAUUCCAAUUCAAAACCGGUUACACAACAGGAGCUAAAGACUAUAGCAGAUGGCAUGAGAACUAAUCCAGCUGGUUUUCAAGAAACAGGAAUAUACCUUGCUGGAGAAAAGUAUAUUUGUUUAUAUGCAGAACCCACCUUAUUGAGGGGUAGGAAGGGCAGUUCAGCCUUGAUUGUUGUUGCCACCAAUACUUGUUUAUUAGUUGCUGCCACUACAGAUGGUUUUCCACCUGGUCAGUUAAACACUGUAGUUGAAAAAUUAGGAGAUUAUUUGAAACAAAAUAAUUAUUAGGUAUUUGAUGGUUGGAAAAUUUAACUUCUCAGUUUGAUGGAUUUGCUUAUCACAUUGCAGUAUUUUGUUUCAGAGAUCUGCUCAAAUCAGUUUAAUAACUCAAUAAGAAAAAAAUGAUUGCUGGCAACAACAGUACCGGGUUUUUAAAGACUUAAAAAAAUUAUUCAUUUUUAUCUGAGUAAUACCUAUUCUUUUUCCCAUCUCACCCCAAGAACUGCAGCCAAUGAUACCAGAGUUGUAGCCUUUAUUUUCAAGCUUUAUCUCAAUUCCUGAAAUAUUUUGUGUUAGUUAUCAUUUCACAUUCUGCCUCAACAACCUUUGUUUUAUACCUAGUCAAUUAUUCAUCGAAAUAAUCUUUGUAUAUAUGUAUCUGCAGUGAAUCUUGCCUGGUACGCUUAUACUACUGAAAACUAUGUUUUGUAUUGUAUUGUUUAUAUAUUUUUAGAAACUUCUCUCUAAUAACUGAAAUUUAAUGAUAAAAAUGAGUUUUUAAAUAUUUUCCUAAAUAUUUGCUUAGUAUCAGAAUGAAUCCUAUUUGGAUUGCAAGUGUAAAUUAUUGAGAAUGUUUGUAUGCAGCAAAGGCCUUUAAUUUACUGUGAUUUAAUAUCUUAUUGGUAUAUGUUGACAUUUUGAUACCGACAUACUUUGAUACAUUGUAAGGUGUUGUUAUACCUAUAAAGCAAAUGUGCAUUUCAUUUUUGCUACUGGAGAAAUUGGCAUUUAUUUGUGUAUUGUGGCAAACAUAUUGUUCUAGAAAUCUGUAGGUGUGAAUUUUUCUGUGUCUUUUCUCAUAAUUCAGCUUACAAUGUCUGGUCCAUUGGUGGUAUUCCUGUUGUGGUGCCAAUGUUUUUCCACAAUGGAAUUGUGUUACAAAGCUUUGUAAUACUUCGAUAGUUUUUUGUAUUAACCAAUUUUGGCAUCUUUUUAAUUAAAUUUGUCAUUUCUGUAUA